CUUAACACCAUGGCUCAGUUUUCAGGGGUUCUGGAACAAAAGCGGGGGAUUUUGACCCUGGCCUCCCCGGCCGAGGUCCAGGCUCUGCCGGAGGGUUCGGUGGAGGUGUGGAUGACCUCGGACAGCAACAUUCUGCAUCUACGUUUGCUUAAAGAGGGGCUUUCAACUGAACUAAUUCGCAGGGAAACGAGUACAGGCGGCGGUCACAAGACGGACGGUGGGUUAUCUUAUGGAGGAACAACCACGGCCCUGCUCCUCCACCACGGACUGAUCCGGCAGACUGUGGAUGACCACGAGCUGGAAGAAUCUUCUCGUGUCUCAUUGAGGGGUGAAGGUAAUGGCACACGGUCAAGGUGGCAGAUGACUCCACAAGAUUUAUACACAAAAAAUCAAAGAAAAAGUCAAGAAUUAAGUCAGGGAACGGCGAACGAUAAACAUUUCCUCAAUCAAAAGGUCUUUUCUGUACCCGCAUCUCUCCACCAAACCACUGUCAGACUCGGGGACGGAAUGGCAGAAAGGCCAAGUGGUGCAAUGCCAUCGCAGGGCCCUGUAAGUGAUAGUGAAAGGGUGAAUAAUAAGGGGAAUUCUGAGAAUGAGAAGGAGUGGUUAGGGCAGGUUGAGGAAAAGGCAAAAACGAGAGCUGUUCCUCCAUCGCAGCGCUGGGACAGCAGACGGGGGAAGUUGCCUCUGGUUCCCCGGGUGGCUGCGGGAGGCUCAGCGGGGGACAACAUGGUGACGCUCCGGGCAGCGCAGCGGUCUGUUCUGGAUAUGGAAGAGGAAAUGGAGCUGGCAGCCGCUUGCAGGACACUUUACACUCAGAUUGGCACAUCUGAGGGCAUAGAGUCAGAGGUCAUGGACACAAGCUUCACACACACAGCACGGGCGGACCGUAAUGGCGCAGAGGGGCUUUAUUUCUCCACGCUGGACACCUCUACCAUGACCAAAAUGAACCUGGAUGGUUUGGGAUUGUUGGGAGCAGCAGGAAACGGCUGUGUUCAGAUGCUGGAGGAGCACCAGAAUGGCAGGACCACUGAUACACCAGCAGACCUGCUCAGUUCUCCAGCAGACACACGGCGCGGGCCGCUCUCUGAGCCCUUAGAAAACGACUUCACGCAUUUCAAUUUAUUAAACGGAUGUACCGGUAACACUGAAGAUGUCUGCAGGGAAGCAUGGCGGAGAGCCGCGUCCGGCGAAGACACACUCCCACAAGUCUUUGAUUCACCCCUUGAUGCCAAAAUGCAAGAGGUGGAACAAGACCCUUUUCCCUUUGACUUUAAUCUACCAGAGGAUCUAUCGGAAUACUUGGACGAUGAUUUCAUCGAUCCAACUGUUCUCCUUGAUUGUUUUGGGUUAAAUUCUACAGAAGAACCAAAGGCCCAAAGUGAUGUUUCCAUGGCAAUAGAGGCCCCGUGUCUGAUCAAUUGCCAUAAACAACUGAUGGGCCCAACGAAAAAAAGAAAUCAAAGGCAGAGAGAUCCUCAGUCUCAGCGGUGUGCAGAUAAAAACACCAGAGCAAAGAGGCAGAGAACAACAGGGACUGACCCAGGAUUAGGGCCAGCUCCAACACAAACUACGCAAGGCUUCUCCACGACUCCACCGAGAAUCCUACAUGUUUUCCCGUCCCAGGCAGCUUCUCCCAUUCCCAUACAGUUCAUCACCAUCCCAGACUCCUCAGGGUACCAGGUGGUGCAGCUGCCUUCUCCUCCACCUUUUAUUAGGCUUCCACUAGCCAACACUGCUGCUUCGCCCACAUACAUAAUAGUUCCUGCUGCCUCACCACCCCGCAAACAACAAGUUCCCCCACUCUCCCCAGUGGACGGUGCAGUAGCACCAGUCCUGAUGAGUUCCUCCCCACCGGGUUCUCUAUCGGACACGGCCAGUAAAGCCAUGUGUCCCCCUUGUGCUUCACCUCUUUCCCCCAGUAAUGAGAUGUCCCUGUGGAAGGAUCCACCUCAGUCUCCUGCUGUACUCGAUAUUCCACAGGGUGUGAAGGACUACAUUCAGGAAGCCAAAGAACACAUGUGCCGAACCUGUCGGGACAUGGAGGCUGGACUGAGCCUGACCUCUCAUUACGUAGAUGUUCGAGUAAGCCAGAGAGAGAUCGUUCGCUCAGGGAAAAAUCCCAACAAAUGUCUUGAGAAGGAACUGGUCAUAACUGGAGAUAUGGACCGGCAAAAAAGCUCACUUGCACACAGUCAAAUCUUUGAAAGGACAAAUGAGAACAAGUCCAAACGCUAUAUUUUGCUUCUUGGCAACGCCGGCAUGGGGAAAACAACUCUGAUAAAGAAGCUGUGUUUCGACUGGUCAAAAAACUGCCUUCCUCAGUUUGACUUUGUCUUUCUGUUAGAUGGCAAAGGACUCAUGCUAACCGAGCCUGUCUUUAGCCUUCAGACGCUCCUCCUUGGCUUCUCCUCUAUUGCCCCCUCCUGCAGGGACCCUGAGGCAGUAUACAGUCAAAUCCUUGCUGCUCCCAAACGCGUUCUCAUCAUUUUUGAUGGGUUUGACGAGAUGCGGGACUAUGAAACUCUUCUACAAGCCCAGGAAAAAGACUUGAUGGCAUCAUUGCAGAAGGACAACAAGGCACAGAGCUACACCGUAAAGCAGCUGUACUCUGCCAUCCUCCAGAGAGUUCUCCUUCCAGGUAGCACUCUUCUGCUCACCGGCCGGCCGAGGGGCCCCGCUAACCAGAUACUGCGGCGUGUAGACAGUGUCCUGGAGGUGUGUGGCUUCACCCCACUAAACGUGGAGACAUACUUGUCCCAGUACUUCUCGGACCCUGCGCUCAGAGCAUCUGCUCUGGACUGCCUACGCAGCAGCAGCUACAUACGUCUCCUCUGCUGGAACCCGGGACUGUGUCGGUUGGUUUGUACGGUCCUGGAGGAGUCCAGAGAUCCUGAGGACCUACCGCAAACUUUGACCGGGCUCUGUCACCGUGUUCUCUGUCUGAAAAUGGAAAAAAAACGAGGGUCACACAGCGAAGAACAGAUGCAAGGCCCUCACCAAUCAGUGCAAGAAAUGGACAUUUCAGACCUCUCUCAAGUUAGGGGGACUCACAUAAAUGACCAGACGACGUCCAGGCCAAACAGGUGCGCUUCAUCUCGCAACCAAAGAGAAAGCAGGGCGAAGGAGAAACCUGGAGACAAAGAGGAUGAGGAGAACGUUGGCGAGGGAGUGGAGACUGCAGAGAGCAAAGAGCUGCUGGCACGGCUGGGCUCUUUAGCCUGGGAGGGAGUCAAAGCCAACUCCUCCAUCCUUCCAUCAGGACGGGGGAGAUCUUCCAAACUAGACGCUUUUGCUGUCAGAACAGGCCUCCUCCAUUCUCAGAACCUGAGGACUAGGCCUCUGGUGCCUAAAGAUGAGUGGGAGGGUGGAGGGAGAGAAGACAACAAUAAGGCAGACGGAGAGGAAAGGGAGCUCAACGAUAUCACCAGAGACACAGAAAUCGUUGUCAACUGCGGCAAACAAAUCCUGCUCUGGGCCAAUCCUUUUCUUCAGAGUUACAUGGCUGCGCUCCAUUUGUCAUUUUCAAGAACUAUGUCGGAGCGCUCCUUUCUCCAGACCCUGCCUUUCCAGACAGGAGCAAAAGGCCGCCGGCGACCUCAGAGGGAGGAGCUUGAACUCACUCAGCGAUUUACAGUCGGUCUCUUGUUCCACAAGAGGACAGAGCUGCAGAGGCUGUGUUCACUCACAGAGACAGCGUUCAGAGAUAUGGUGACGAACAAGCAGGCGUUAGUAACAAAACACCUGGGGAGUCUGUCCUACAGGGACCUGAGCUCCGCACAGGUCCUGGAAGCCUGCCACUGUGUCCACGAGGCGAGUUUUACACACGAGGAGAUAGGCGUGGACUCUGGCAGCGCACGGCUGCUGACCCAUCUGGCAGCUAAUCUUCCAGAAUCCCUGACAUUUCACGGGGUCCCGCUCAGCCCCCCAGAUGUGUUCACCGUGCAGACUGCUCUCAGGCGGGCGGGAGCCGAGGGUAGACGUUUCUGUUUGGACCUGGAAGACUCUGGGGUACAGAUCUGUGGACUGAGGGCUCUGGUGGGCCUCGACAACAUCAAAACAUACAGGGCCUGCAUUGCUGAUGUCAUCGGUUUGUGGGAGCAGCUGGAGGUGAGAGAUGAAGACGAGCUCCUCCAAGCAGCGGUGUCCAAAUUCAAGAUCCACCCAUUGAAAGCCACGCAGGUGUGUCAUGUCGAGCACUUGGAAAAGCUGGUGAACAUCCAUUUGCACAAGAGGUGUCUGGACGGCUCUGGACGAUCAAAUUAUAUCCUGGCCGACGGGGUACCGGCGGUCAAAGAGUUGCACAAGCUGGAAUUUGAGCUCGGUCCAGAAAAUGGUCCCUUGGCUCUCCCUAAGCUAUGGGAUAUCCUGCCCGGGCUGCAAAAUCUACAGCACUUGGAUCUAGAGAAAAGUAAGAUUGGGGACAAAGGAGCAGAGAAACUGGCGACUGCAGUAGCAUUUCUUCACUCUCUGGAGAUACUGAAUCUGUCACAAAAUUGUAUCGGAGACCAGGGAGUAACAAAGUUGUCCCUUACGUUAAAGGACCUGCCCAGACUUCACUGUUUAAGUCUUUACAGCAAUGUGAUUUCUGACGAAGGGGCAGAGAGUUUAGCAGCCGUCCUCCCACACAUGCCUUCUCUCUCAGACCUUGAUGUGAAGUACAACAAACUGACAGAUGUUGGCGCACACAGCUUGGGAGCCAGUUUGAAAAACUGCAAUAAAAUGAAAACUUUGCGGAUGUGGAAUCAAUGUAUUCCAUAUGGAGUUUUUGAGCGACUUCAGCAGCAGGACAGCCGCAUCCUUUGGCAUUAAAUGAUCACAGCUGCUACUCUUUACUAUCAGGCCAUCAUAUUUCUGAUAAAUGAACACUACUCAAUUAGUUUCCUGCAGAAUGUGUGCUCUUAAGAGCACGCAACAUCAACAAAUAUGAAGCAUAUAGAAGAGCCUCCACUACAGUAAUCGAAUCUCUGCUAUACCCAUCAGGUGAAUUAAUGAAAUCCAAGUGUACUUGAACACAGCACUGCCUGUGUGUAAUGCUCUGAGCAAACUCAACAAGCAACUUUGCACUACUAUGUUUGAUGAUGUUUUAAUUGUACCAUAUUUUUGUACAGGUUACAUAAAAGGUCAUUUGUUUCUUCUUUUUAUUUUUAUCCGACUAUCCAAAUUAUUUUUCUUAGCUAUUUGUUUAGCUGUAAAUCAUAGGCUGCUUAUUUAUGAUAAAUGGGGUGUCUGAUGUUGCCAACAAGACUUCUAUGUUCUUUUUUUCUACAAUUACUUUGGGUUAUUUUAAACUCAACCAUUUCACUUCCUUUGCUGCAUGUUUCUGUUCUCCAUUUUCAUGGCCGCUGCAUUCCACAGUGUUUGUCUGUCUGCCAUGCUGCAUAAUAAAGAUGUCCUCUUCCUGUAAGGUGCUGAGGAGUCGAUUUGUCACCAUUUAUUUUCAACAUUAUGUAGGUUUGUGUCAUGUACACAAAUUCAAUGUCUGU